AUGGCAGAAGCUUCAGGCGUGUCUGCUGAAGCUCUCAAGGUCAAGAUCACAGAUUUAUUAAAUGCAAGUCAUGUCGAAAUUGAAGAUAUGUCAGGAGGUUGUGGACAGGCAUUCUCUGCCGUGAUUGUUUCGCCGCAAUUCGAGAAGAAGACUACAUUGGCAAGGCAUAGAUUGGUGAAUGGGGCGCUGAAGGCUGAGAUUGCGGCCAUCCAUGCCUGGACUCCCAAGUGCUUCACACCGGAACAAUGGGAGAAGCAGAAAGAGGAUGGCAAGGAGGCGGUUGCGCCAGGAAAGAACACUACUGGGGAGGUUGUGGAUGGGACGACUGCUUGA